AUGUCUCUCGGCAGACAUGCGUACAGGCAUGCUGUGCAGCCAGCCUCAGCGGGUCUAGUUGACCACGUCUGGAUCAGCGAUGACCUGCUGGCGUCGGCGUUCCAACGCUUCGUCAAGACCCAACGACGCCAUGCAAGCCGCGUCCCCGGCCCAUUGGAGGCCAGACGACGGCUUGCGAGGAGGAAAAACUGCGCAAUGGCUGCGAUGCCCAGCGCUAUGCCCCCGGAUGCGAUCGCUGGCUUGUUCGGGCGCGAUGGACGACAGCAUCUGAACUGGCAAAACGACCACCACGUGCAAAUGUUUCCGUUUUCCUCACCGAAUGAUAGCGCACAGCCGUCUGAGUCUGGUUCAUCAUACCCAUACCCACCGAGGCCUCCGAUUCCUCCUAUGUCUGCCGAAAAUGAAACAGUCGAUCCCAGCGGAUUCGUCGACUUGGCCGACUCGCCGGUGCCUCCUCUUCCUCCUUUUCUACCACGCGACGACGGCGAGAUCGGCUCGAGUGGAUUCGUCGAUUUGUCGAGCUCAUCGGAACCUACUCCUCCGCCUGAUACAGCGAUGGAUGACACAAGCGGCUUUAUUGAUCUGGCUAGCUCAUCGGACCCUUACGCCCCGCAAAACACAGAUAUGAAUGACCCAAGCGGAUUUGUUGAUCUGGCAAACUCAUUGAAACCACCUCCUUCCCCGCGCGAUACAGAUACGAAUCAAACAAGCAGAUUUGUUGAUCUGGCUAGCAGUUUAGAGCCUCUAUCUUCACGCAGUACCGAAACAGUUAAUCCGGACAAACCUGUUAACCGGGCUAAUGCCUUAAAGCCUCAUUCAUCGCGCAAGAAAAAGAGGACUUUAGACCGGAGUGAACCCAUCAACUUGGCCAGCUCCCCAGAGGCUUCAUCUUUGCCGCUUGAUACAGGUAUAACAAACCCGGGCGGAUUUGUCGAUCUGGCUAGAUCAUCGGAACCUUCGCGUUUUCCGCCCGAAAAUGAAACAGUCAACCCGGAAGGUCUAUUUGUCGAUCUCGCCAGCUAUUCAGAAGCUUCGUCUGAGCCGAGUGAGACUGAGGUAAAUGAUCAGAGUGGAUUUGUCGAAUUGACUAGUACGUCAAGGCCUGCAGACAAACCCAAAACACUUCCAUUCGAAGACAUACUCAGGGAGAGUUUGGAGAGUUGCGCAACACUCGAAGCUGCUAGCGACGUGGUACGUGACAUGGACAUCAAUCUUCGCCAUGAGCCCGUCUACAGUCGUCUCAUUUUCGAUCAUUUUCGCUCGCGCUGGUUGCUGGGCAAAACAAGCGUCCAUAUGUUGGCAUCAUUCCUCGACGAGCCAAUGCUUAAUACGCCGGGAGCUGGGAAUUUUGCGGCUGCGACGGAGCACGUCAUACGGCCCGCGAUAGACUCGCAGGAGCGCGCCGUUAUAUUCGCAAGCAUCUUACGGGCUCUUCGUCUUGGCACAAUAAUUCCGACUGAAUUUACGGAGGUGAUCAAACUCCUGCAAAAUCUCCCAGACGGGAUCACCAAGACGGACGAACUUACGGAGGCUGAUGGAUUCGCUGAGACGGGCGAGGCCACGGACACCGAAAGUCUCCGUACUGGUCCAAGCAGCGUAUCCAGUGCGUAUGAGAGAAUCUGCAAUGUUCUCGAUCAAUCCGACGACGGUAAAUACACCAAUAUAACCGAGGAUACUGCCAACACGUGGCUAAAGAUUUUAUGGGAACGCAAUGUACUUGCCGAGUUGAGGCUGGCAAGCAGGAUUCUGAUUGGAAUACGGCAUUUGGAUGUUGUUUCUUGUUCUUGGAUACCGCGGUUUAUAACGCGUUGGCUUGCCCUUUCCGACGAGCUCCGGAGUGAAUUCGAUCCUUUCUUCGCGCCUCGCCUCCUUGACAAUUUGCAUCCAGAUCCAGCUUGUGCAUCUAUCAUUUCUGUUACAGAGUUUCUAGUGUUGGCUCGAAAGCACCAGUUACUCAUGCUUUGGCACGAAUGUUUGGCGCACGUCCACGCGGUCGAAGAUAUUCCUAGGUCAGGGAUCUGGGUUGACGUCCGAUCGCAAAUCCCAGCAACUGCAAGCCACUCCGGGUUGACAGUGCAACAGCGGUUUGUCCUACGCCUUUGGGCUUUCCGUGCCAUGAAUAUGAGCCACGCAGCUGGUCCGAUCUGGAAGAGAAAACCCUACGCGAAGGGGCCACUGUCCGAUAGAAGAGGUGUACCGCCAAUCGAUAAAUGGGGAGCGCGGAUCCUCAGUCUUUAUCAAGCUUCUCGCACGAAUUAUGGAAAGAAGGAACUCUUGAGCAGUUUGCUAGAAGAUGCGCGUGAGCUGAAUCUGCCCGCGAAUGGGUUUACGAUCAUGGCUAUUGCAUUCCAGUCUAAAAAUGGUGUCAAUAGAAGUGUUAGGGAGGCUUUGGAAAGUCUAGAAGCAUCGACAGCCUCGUUCAAAGAUCUGUUCCGAGAUCCUGAGACUCGGCUGCCUGUCCUUCGGCGGUUUGGCCCCGAAAUCGCAAACUUCGUUCGGGAAAUGGAUGUCACAUCACCGGCUUUCAUGGAGCGCGCUCUGAACCUCGCUAGAACGGGGAAGCGGUCCGAAAUCCGACUCUUGGUGCGGAUUCUCGAGUGGCACAUACCGCUCAAGAUUGCCCUGGCGAGUUCGUGGAAACCUUUGCCUGACCCUUCCCGAAUGGCGCUUGUGGUUUACAAGCCCACGGAGGCUAAAGGCAAGCCAACUCCCGACCCCCAUGCCGCGCUCGAGAUGAUCAAUACUCUGGCAACUGCUUUGUCCUGCUCAAAGGAACUUACCCCGCGCCAAUCAUACCGACUGAUUUAUUGGAUCUAUGGGUACCUCAUGAGGCAUCAGGCACCCGUGAAGCCGGUCAUUGUUCGUGCUAUGUAUCACGCUGGCGUUGUGCGAGCUCGACGUGAAAUGCGCGGUAUGUACUGUCGUACGCAGUACAAUUAUAUCAUGGGCAAGGUUCAGCAGGUUGAGUCGCCGGAGGUUGUGCGAGCGUUGAGCAAUCCCAACUUCGUGUGGAGAGGGUAGCGAGAUGAUUUAGAGCUUUUCCCCUUAAUGGAUAUGCAAUUUAUUAUACCCCUGGUUGUACCUAUAUACCAUGG